UGGAGCUUGGAUGCUUCGGUCUAGCUGGGCUGCCGCUGCUUUUCACUUCAAUUCAGCACAAGUUCUUCGACCAAGUUUCAUAGAAGAAGUGGUGGACUAGCUGGAACAGGAAUGGAGCUUUCGACAGGCCGGUUCUGUUGUGUACUGUUGAGCCUCUUUGCAGGUUUGGCCUCUGGUCUAGAGAUUACAUCUAAAGGAGGGACAUCCCUAGAGAUGGCCAGCGGUCAGAGUGUGAAGCUGGAUUGCCAGUUCAGUCUAGGCCCUGAAGAUUCUGGGCCUCUGGAUAUUGAAUGGAGCCUGCUAUCCUCCGACAGCCAGAAAGAGGACAAAGUGGUGAUCCUGUACUCAGGCGACAGGGCCUAUGAAGACUACUACGAACCCAUGAAGGGUCGAGUCCAUUUCAACGCAGCCGACCCCAAGAACGGCGACGCCUCCAUCAACCUGACGGGGCUGAAAUCGUCCGACUCGGGCACCUACCAGUGUAAGGUGAAGAAAGCUCCCGGCAUUCGCAGCAGGAAGAUGCUGCUGAUCGUCAUGGUGAAACCAUCCAAGCCCAGGUGCUACGCCGAAGGCCCCACACAGGAGGGCAAAGACAUAGUGCUGAGGUGCUUAUCAAAUGAGGGUACCAAACCCCUGCAGUACAGCUGGGAAAGGACCAGUGACAACAAGCUGCUGCCCGCCUCUUCUGUGAUGGAUCCUUUGGGAGGCACCAUUAACGUGAGGAACGCAUCUGCCAGCGCAUCUGGCACCUACCGCUGCACUGCCAACAACCGUGUUGGCACUGAAGAAUGUGUGCUGUUUCUCAACGUGACACCUCCCCCCAACACUGCAGGCAUCAUCGCAGGAGCCAUAAUUGCUGUACUACUGAUCCUCAUCAUUAUCGCCAUCAUCCUCUUCUGCUGUUGUCGUGCCCGUCACAGGAAGAAGUAUGAGAAAGAAAUCUGCAAUGAGAUAAGAGAGGACGUGCCUCCUCCUAAGAGUCGUGUUUCCACGGCGCGCAGCUUCACUGUGGGCAGCCAGCGCUCCUCCCUGGGCUCCAUGUCACCUUCCAACCUGCACGAGUAUGCCCUGAAGCCGCAGUACGACAAGAUCCCCUCAUCAGAGGAGUUCGAGAGGCCUCCGAGCCAGGCCCCUCUGCCCCCACCUACCGUCUCCAGGAUGGCUGGCCCCAACCUCAGCCGCAUGGGGGGCAUCCCUGUCAUGAUCCCUGCCCAAAACAGGGACGGCUCAAUUGUCUAGCCUGUCCCCUUCUUAACGAAGGGACCAUGCAACAAGGGGAGAGGACGGAGGAAGGGAGUAGGACAUAAGCCAAUGAAGAUGAAGCAAGAGCUGGGACGGGCUGACUUGCCUGACUUUUAGCUCUUCAUAAUUUACAAAUGGAGUAUACUUCUCUUAUGAAGACCUGGCUCUGAUGUGGUGCUGACAAGAGAAAUUGAGCUGUACUGGAAUCACAACAGAGCACAUUAACUUUUUAUCAAAUACAAAUUAAAAAAAAAAAAAAAAAAAACUUUUAUGAAUUUUACUUCCUGGACUUUCUCACUGAAAAAUGAAUUAGUGUGGAUAUAAAGCAGUAUGGGUCAAUAUACAAAUUAUAUUGUACAUAUUUGAAUGCAUGUUUUUUUGUUUUGUUUUUUUUUUCUUUUUUUUUAAAAAGACGGCCCUUGCUGUAGAGAUACUGUAUGUACAAAACAGAUCCUAAUUGGCCAGCUGUAUGCAUGCACGUAUGUAUAAAAUGUGCAGCUGUAUGUGUGUGUGUGAAUGUAAAUGUAUGUGAACAGGAGUUUGGGAAAUGUAUAGUCCAUUUUAUCAUCUUUUAACGCCUACAUAACAGUAUGAUCAUUUGUCAGGCAAUCCACUCUUUUCUAGUUUCUGACAAGUUUUUUAACUCCAUGAAUCUAUUGUCAAAGUAAAAUGCUCUGUUCUUUGGAAAACUUAAGACCCACUUAAGGAAUAUUCCCAGAUUUGAAUUAAUCUGUGCACAAUAGUCCGACUGGUAGAAUUGAAAAAUGCCUAUGUAGGUCAGCCGUUUGCUGCUUGAACCAUUUGCUGUUUGAAUUGUCCAGUCUCUGUUUGGCUGGGCGGCUGAAGGGGACAGGAUUGGCUAGGGGGGGUGUGAGCGGGGGAGGUUCAGGCCACUACAUCUUGUGAUUGGGUGGAUUAUUGCUUCUUGACCGAGCUUAAAAAACAAUAAAAGACAAAUCUCCACUACCCCCGCCAAACCCCCAAUCCCUCCUUCAGAGAUCUUAGAGGAGGUAGUUUAGAGGGGAAAUAACGGGGGCAUCUGGACAACGAGGUUCACUGAGCAAUCUGCUUUGAUUGUGUUUGACUGUUAACAGGCCCCUAACCCCUGUUACCAGCAAAAUAUGUAGUGCCUCCCUAAACACCCACACACACACACAGACGUCUUAUUAGCAGGACAAGAGCACCCAGUCUUAAUUUAUCAUCUAUAAUAGUGGCCACCACCCCCACCACCCAUGGCGGUCCCAGCAUAUGUAAUCCUCCUUAUUUGCAGUGGCAUUACAAAGAGCCAAUAUCUUGAUUAACCUUCUCUGUGUGGUCAAUAUGAAAGCUGUCAUGGCUUCUGUAGUGUUAAUUAGACUUUUUAAUGAAGGAUGUAAAGCGUGCAUACAUGAAGAAAGCGCACGCUUAUGAGGAACUAAUGUGAUGAGCCUUUUUAGAAUCCAGUUGCUCCGUGGCCACUUGGCUUCAUGUUAAUUUUUACAGUUUGUCACUGCUGGAUGAUAUAUAUGUUGGUACAGUCAGUGAGUUUAAGUCACUAUUGGACUGUCUUUGAAUAGCCAGGACUUUUAGCCAUCAAUUCAUACUGUUAUUGUGUUAUUUGACUCGUAAACCAUGCCCAUUCUUUUAUUAACAUCUCAUCUCGUCUGCUAUUUUACAAGAAAAAAAACAAAACAAUACUUGGAGUGGGCUGUUCUAUUUUGCUCUAGCGCCUUAUUCUGUUCCUUAUUUUUAGCCUUACACACCUCCAGUAACUUCACCUCUGCACAGCCCUCACAGCUGGAUUCUUAUGACUUCUAUCGUGCCUUGUUGCCCCAGUUGAGUUGUGUUGUAGCGCAAACGCCAGUGUGCGUUGUGCUACGUCUGUAGCAUCCUUCUGACCGGCAGCUGUAGCCCGCAGCCACUAGAACAGUAUCAGUACACAGUGAACCUAUUGAUUGUUUUCUGUUGCCUCCAUCAGGUCAAGUGUAGGAUUUCCCCCACACCCACCCGCCCUGCCCAUAUAGCUUCACUACACCCUUAUCACUGUCUUAAAGCUUUUAAUUUUGUAUUCCAAAACAUGAGCUCAUGUUUUUUUUUAAAACUCUAUUUAAACUUUAGUAAUGGAUGUGCUUUUUUUCCCUUUUUUUUUUUAAAGAAAUAACAUAAAUGGUUCUGUCUGUAUAUAUGAAUAUCCUGAUGAAGUAACCCUAUCUAAUCACAACACAGUCGAAUGAUAUAAAGAUGAUGUUUGUAUGUAUAUGUGAUGCUCUGCUGUGCUGUGCUUGGCAAAUCUAUAACUCAAACACAAGAGGGGGGGCGACAGGGGUCUCGUUAGUACAUUAUAAAUGCUCCUGGUACUGGUACAGUUGGGAAUUGUGUGUGUGUGUGUGUGUGUGUGUGUGUGUGUGUGUGUUGUAUGAUUGAAGAGGAGGACAGUUGUAGAAACAUCUGGGCAAAUUUGAUGUCGCAUCUAUUUUCUUACUAUUAAGGACAGUGAGACCAGAGAGAUAAAUUUCAGCUGUCAGUCCCUUUUUAAAAAGUGUGUGUGUGUGUGUGUACUGUACGUGAGGGUAGUUUGCUGUCCGGAUGGGCCCCCUGUAGGAUUCUAGUUAGACGUUCACCUGCUGACCAACUGUACAGAGCACUUAGAGAGAUAGUCCUGUUACUAUCCUUCUAUAAGCUCAGAACAUUAAUGAGAACUACUACUAACAAUAUUAAUUGUAGCUUUGAAACCAACAUACUAAUAUUAUAUGAAGAUCUCCUUCGAGGGUUUGCACACCGUGUGAAAACCAAUUUUCUUUUUGUGUGUAUUUUUUUGUGCUGUAUUUUUGAAUAAUAAAAGUCCACGAAAGAAA